AUGGCACAAACACAGAAUGAUGGUGAAUUGUUGAAGAAGUGGUUGGAGCAUGUGUCCUCAAGGGCGAUUACGGGGAGUAUGGAGCCCGCGAAGAAGGCCGAGAAAAUUACAGAAGAAAUGCAGAAGAGUUUGAGGGAAACAUGGGGAAAGUUGAAGAGUUGGCUGGAGAGGGGGGAGUCGAAUGAAAUACGCGGACUCUGUUAUGAGGGCGCCGGGUGGACGAGGACGGGGGGAGUUUGGGAUCAGUAUAUGCCAAUAUUAUGUACGGCUGUCGCCGAAAUUAAGUACUUCAUGAAUGGAGUAGAAACGAAAAAGAAAAUGGGUACCCGGGGGCCCCUCAAGACAGAUGAUAUCGAAGUUGAGCCAAGUAUGGCGGACGAUGAAGCCUAUCGUCGCUGCAUUGUUGGCGCCGUCGCUUUAUCCACAGUUUAUGGAGAUCACUGUUACGUGCGUGAAGUCUUGGAGAAAGUUGAAGCACGGGCGAAUGCCAAAUUAAAAGGGUACUUGAGCAAACCUACAAUGCCGCGCCAAUUGAAUAAUUGUGGGGGAGUCAAUUUGGAAGGUUUACUUCUCGGUAAAACACUCCUUCAGGAUGAAAUCAGCCAGUGGACUAGCAGUACGAGGCAGAGGACGGAAAAUUAUUGGAGGGUACAGUAUUUGUGGAAACUGUGGAAGAGCGUAUGUGCGCGGGGGAAGGAGUCACAGGGGCACGAGACAGUGCGGAAGGAAAAUUUACAAGAGAAUAAGGGCAGUAUGUUAUCCUUCUCAGGCAUGGACAGCAGAAACAAAGACUUAAUGGAAGAAUUAAUAAGUGAGAACGUGCCCUUAACGUUCGAUGACUUGAAGUUAGCAUUGCAGCAAUCCAUAGAAAAUGAUGGUGGCGUUGCUACUGGCACUCCCUUUGAAGUUUCCACCUUACUGAAGAACGUAGAUGAGAAAGUCCACAAAAAUAAAGCACAAGCAUGUAUCCAGCAGAAGGAGAACGGAGAAGACAAAAGUAUGUGCCAACGUCUAGAUUGUAUGAAGCACUUAUGGCAGAAUAAUACAGGAACAGGAGGACAGACUAGUAGUACGGACAACUUCUGGACAGAGGGGACUGGCCCCGUGGCAGCACUAUGGAAGGAGUUGUCUGAUGAAAUGAAGGAGAAAGGAACACAGGAUCAGGGAGAUUGCAGUCAAUUGACAGCUCCAUCUGAAAAGGCGGCAUGCAAUUUUUUGCAUGCCGGCUUACAGAAACUGUAUGAUACGACGACGCAGUCGUCGUCGUCUUCAGUUUUAAACAACCCAUCGUUUAGACAAACGAUGGGUUGUUUUUUACUUCAUGCUUAUGCAAAACACAUGAAAGAAAAAGCAACUUGUCUUAUUGAUGAUGGUAUACAGAAAGCAUUUGAAACUGCUGGGCAGGGUGGUCAGAGUGGUAAGGAUGUUCCAUGCAAAUGGGAAGGAGAGGACAAAAAUUGGGAAGAUUGCAGAAUUAACACAAAUGUUCAAGGCGCACCUGAAACGAAAGUAAAGGACAAAUUGAAGAACAUCAUCAAUAAAGACGAUGACGCAGCAGUAAAGAAGGCAAAGGAAGCAUUGAACAAAUUAGACUUAUGUGAACGCUUCCAAUGUAUAUCAGAAAGAUGGCUGAAAGAGGAAAAAGGAAAAAAUGGACCCCUGGAAGCAACCGACUGGGAUAGGGUGCGGAGUAAAAUCACAAGUCAAAUCCCCGAACUUAGCACUGCCCUUGGCAGUGCUACAUCUACAGGGAAAAGGGAAGAAUUUGAGAAGUACUGUGAAGGCAUUCCUGCGGGGCCGGGUGCCAGGGCUGCUGAUAAGGAUGCUUGCGUCCUUAUUGCAGCAGGAUUGAAAAACCUCUACAAUUUAAGCGAUGGGAGCGAUGCCGCUAUGGCAUCGCUCGAAAGAACGAUGCGCUGUAUUCUAUUGAACGCAAUUGCAGACAAAAUGAAGGAAAAACUUACAUGUAAAGAGGAAAGGAGUGUUGAAGCGGGGAUAGAGAAAGCAUUUCAGAAAAGUCGUGAUAUUAAGGACAAAAGUGCUUGCAGUGAUAAUGAUAAGUGCUUUGAGUGUACCAGAUUUACGGACUAUGAUAAUUGCAAAAUUAACACAAAUGGCAAUAAUCCAACGGAAAAAAAGCCUUUAAAGGACGAAAUUGACCACAAGUUGAAAGAUACUAAUCUUGCUAGUACUAGUUCUUUAACGACGUCUUCUCUAACCAAGACCAUAUGUAAACCGUGUGAAGAUGACCACAGUACUGGUGACAAAUGUAAGCGCUUGGAUUGCAUUGUGAAGAAAUAUGGACAAAUCAGGCAGUGGAAGGAGACACCUACAUGGAGUAAGAUGGAGGGCGACUUCAAGACGCAAUUAACGAGUUUACUUGCUAGCAUGAAAGGGAAGGCGGACGACGCGGACGUCACUAAACACUGCAGCAACAGCAACUGGGACGAUGACGACGCCCAUGGAUUCGCCAAUAAAACAGCCUGCAAACUCAUCGCCGCGGGUUUAAAGCAUCUUUCGAGUAUUGAACAAUCAUAUAGCACGGAUACGAAAAGUGAGAAUCUCAACCCAUUCGACCACCAAGAGUUUAAACAGUUCGCUUCUUGUUUAAUGUUGAAGGAGGUCGUGCAAAAAAUGAAAGAAAAAAGUAUAAUUUGCGACAUAGACGAAGGGAUAAAGGCAGGUUCCAAAGCAUGGGAAGAAAUUAAGGGAACUCAUUGUAAGAAGAAACCUUGCAUGGACUGCAAUUUGGAUGAAAUCAAUUAUGAAAGUUGCACAAUCAGCAAUGGCAGAAGCGGAAGUGUCAAUGUAAAGGGGAAGUUGGAUUCAUUGCUCACAGAGGAGGGGACCCAAGUUAAAGGAACUUUGGAGGAAUUACUUAAAACGGACCAAAGGACGGCUCCCCUAUGUAAACGCCUACAAUGUUUAUCCUCAAAAGUAGAAGCACUUAAAUUACAAUCGUCCAACCCGAAUGCGAGCACAUUUUGGGAGAAAGAGGUUAAAGAUCUGUGGGAUGAAUUAGCAGAAGGAAUGAAGACAAAUGGGGUUACUGAUGACAAGGGAAAUGGAUGUGAUCGAAUGGAAGAGGGCACCACCGGUUCCACUGCCAUUGGCAGAGAUGCCACCAACCCUGAAAAGAAGGCAUGCAAUUAUUUGUAUGCCGGUCUAAAGGAACUGUACAAGACGAAUGGGGCGACGGCGACGUCGUCGUCGUCAGGAACCAUCAGCCUGAAGGACAACCCACUGUUAAGACAAACAGUGGGUUGUUUAUUACUUCACGCUUAUGCAAAGAAAAUGAAAGAAGACUCUAAGUGUGUUAUCGAUUCUGGAAUACAAAAGGCAUUUAAGGCGUUUAAGGACAGUAAUAAAUCUUCAUGCACGAACGGCAGUUCGUGCAUUGAAUGUGAAUGGAAUGAAAAAUUUGAUGACUGUACAAUUACGACAAGCGGCACCCAAACAGAGAAGAUAGAAGAGAAAUUAACGUCAGUACAACCCGAAAUUAUCAAAACCUCAUCUACCACCACCAAGGACAACAUAAACCUAACCCCAUCUUUAUGUGACCAACUCAAAUGUGCUGCCCCCAAAUGGUUCGAAAACCAAAACAAGCUAACAGGGAGCGGUGGUACUGGUACUGCUAACAAGACUUGGUGUGACUUCUGGGGGAAGGAUGGCGUUAAAUCAAUAUUGCAGAACAUGUUCAACGACAUCGAGGAUAAAGGAAAGAACAGCCCUAAUAAAACAAUAUGUCAACACUUUGGUGAUGGUAAUGAACAUAGUGUUGAAAGAAAAGCUUGUAAUCAUAUCAUAGCCGGUUUAGACUACAUUAAAAAAAUUGGUGCUGCGGGUACUACUGCCAAGCAGUCUAAUAGUCAAGACAAGCAACUGCUCGAUAGAGCAGUUGCUUGUAUUGCUCUUAACAUGUACGCUGAUAAAAUAAUCGAAUUGACUGAAAAGAAUUGUCCCAUUGAUGAGGACAGAAUAAAAGAUAUGUUUGAUAAAUGGAAUCAACAGUAUAAUAAUUCGUGUAAGAGUGGGGAUAAUAAUUGUUUUAAGUGUGAAAGACAUCCAAAUUUUAAUGAUUGCGAACUAAGUGUUUCCAACACUUUGAUUGAUACAUCACCACCAGCUGGAAGUUGCCCUUCUAACGACGACAAUAAAGACGUCCCCAAAAAAAUGGACGACUUGCUCAAACAAGAUUCCAAAAUGGAAGGAACAUUAAAGGAAAUAAAUGAAAUGGGCACCUUCUGUUCUGAACUCCAAUGCGCAGCAAAGAAAUGGAACUCGACCAAAGGCAAAACUGGAACACCAUCAUGG